CCCCGCGGCGCGGCCUCAGCGUCCGGCAGCGGGCGCGCGCCGCCCACUAUGGCCGCCGCGGCGGGGCUGCUGUGCCGCGGGCCGCUCUUCCUGCGCCGUGGCACCUGGCGAAGCUUCACCUCGCAGACGGAGGGGGAGGCCCGAGUGACCCAGGUCCUGCGGGAGAAGUUUCCCCGGGCUUCUGCCAUCAAAGUCGUGGAUAUAUCAGGCGGCUGUGGUGCCAUGUACGAAAUUCACAUUGAGUCGGAGGACUUCAAGGAGAAGCGGACGGUGCAGCAGCACCAGAUGGUUAACCAGGCACUGAGUGAGGAGAUCAAGAGCAUGCAUGGACUGCGCAUCUUCACCUCCACCCCCAAACCUUGAUGAUGAUGCUGCCCCAUCAAUAAAGAUGCUCUCACUGGGA